UCGCUCGGCGUUGUCCGUGAAGUAUCCUGAAUGCGUUGUUUUGUCGUGACAACCGGCCCGAUGUACCGAGAAAAGGCGUUGUUCGGUUUAAAGACAUUUUGGUGAAUGAAUUCACUGAACUCCCAGUUCGGUGCUGUGGGAUUGUUUCCUCAACAAAACAGCACCAUGCGAGAUGUUCACCUGAGUAAUGAGACGUGCUGGAUCGGGUCUGUGGUCAGGCUGUGGUGCGGCUCUGAGUCUGCAGUAUGUUUGGUCAGUGGAAAUCAAACACUGUUUGAAACACACCUCGACAACAGCACCCAAACAACAGAAAUCGAGACUCAUCAGACCAGGCAACAUUUUUCCAGUCUUCAACUGUCCAAUUUUGACUUACAGACAAACAGUACCUACAACCCGUGGCUGGGCCUGAUUCUGGCCCUGCUGUCCGCCUUCCUGAUUGGUGGGAGCGUCAUUCUAAAGAAGAAAGCUCUCCUUCGAUUGGCCCGCAAUGGACACACGAGAGCAGGUGAUGGAGGUCAUGGCUACCUAAAGGACUGGCUGUGGUGGGGAGGCCUGUUAACCAUGGGAGCAGGGGAGGGCUGCAACUUUGCCGCCUACAUGUGUGCUCCGGCGACACUGGUGACUCCGCUGGGCGCUCUGAGCGUCCUCAUCAGUGCAGUUCUGUCCUCCCACCUGCUGGGGGAGGUAUUGAACGUAGUGGGGAAGCUCGGCUGUCUGCUGUGUGUGCUGGGAAGCAUCUUGUUGGUUCUCCAUGCCCCACAGGAACAGGAAGUGACAUCACUACAUGACAUGACCAAUAAGUUGCUGAAACCUGGUUUCCUGGUGUACAUGUCGGCGGUGUUGCUGCUGUGUGCGGUGCUCAUGGGGUAUUUCUCUCCUCGGGUCGGUCGCUCUAACAUCCUCGUGUACAUCAGCAUCUGCUCAUUGCUCGGAGCCUUCACCGUCUCCUCCGUGAAGGGCCUCGCCAUCGCCAUCAACACCUUGUUUUAUGAUAUCUCAGUACUUGCUAGUCCUCUCACCUGGAUCCUGCUGUUUACUCUCAUCGUCUCCAUAAUAACACAGGUGAACUACCUGAACAAGUCUCUGGACACCUUCAACACCCUGAUGGUCUACCCCAUCUACUAUGUCCUCUUCACCACCGUGGUUCUGUCCACCUCCAUAAUCCUCUUCCAGGAGUGGAGGAGCAUGGCGGCCGUGGACGUGGUCACGACGCUGGGAUCUUUCCUGGUCAUCGUGGUGGGCGUGACCAUGCUCCACCUCUUCAAAGACCUGCAGGUGACGAUGAGACAGCUGACCAAUCAGCUAUCUCUGCCAGUGGAGAGGGAGGGGCUUGCAGAGGAGCUUUCAGCCAAUGGACGAGCAGGAGGGAUAGGAGGAAGAGGGAAUAUAAAAGAGGAUAAAUAUGGACUGAUGGACAACAUAGUGAUAGAGAGUCUGCCUCCUAUGAGAGAGGAGGGACCGAGAGUCUUCAUCAUUAGCUGAAAGAGACAGAAGAAAGACGGAGACACAGCUUUGUGUUUCCUUUCUGGACUGGUCAGUGCUGUAGUCCUCUCUCUGACUGAUAUUCUUUUUUUUUUAAGUCCGAGCCUCUUGUUUGUUACAGUUAACCCUGAACACACUGUGCAAGUCCUGGAGAUAAAUCUGAGGGAAAAUCUGACCCCAUUUACACGUCCUCACUUUAUGCAUCAUCGGCAGAUUGGAGAACUACUGGAUAUCCAAAAAGCUAAAUGUAAAUAUAUCCACAAAGCUUUCAGGACAGAUUACAAUCUACAAACAAAUUACUACACAGAGAAUUAGAACAACAAAGGGACAAACAAUAUCUACAAGGAGACAAAAUGACCACAAAAGAUACAAAGCGACUAGAAAAAUAAUUUAAAUAACCACAAAUACACAUAAAAUGACAACAGAGAUGCAAACUGAGACCAAUAGGUGCAAAAUGACAACAAAAUGGUUACAAAGAUAUGAAAAAUGAUCACAAACUGAUGAAAAACGACCACUGAUGCAAAACGACUACAAACUGAUGCAAAACGACUACAGAAAGAUGCAAAACAACUACAAACUGAUGAAAAACGACCACUGAUACAAAACGACUACAAACUGAUGCAAAAUGACUACAAACUGAUGCAAAAUGACUACAAACUGAUGAAAAACGACCACUGAUGCAAAAUGACUACAAACUGAUGCAAAAUGACCACAAACUGAUGAAAAACGACCACUGAUACAAAACGACUACAAACUGAUGCAAAAUGACUACAAACUGAUGCAAAAUGACUACAAACUGAUGCAAAACAACUACAAACUGAUGAAAAACGACCACUGAUACAAAACGACUACAAACUGAUGCAAAAUGACCACAAACUGAUGAAAAACGACCACUGAUGCAAAAUGACUACAAACUAAUGUAAAAUGACCACAAACUGAUGAAAAACGACCACUGAUGCAUAAUGACCACAAACUGAUGUAAAAUGACUACAAACUGAUGAAAAAUGACUACAAACUGAUGCAAAACAACUACAAACUGAUGAAAAACGACCACUGAUGCAAAAUGACUACAAACUGAUGCAAAAUGACCACAAACUGAUGAAAAACGACCACUGAUGCAAAAUGACUACAAACUAAUGUAAAAUGACCACAAACUGAUGAAAAACGACCACUGAUGCAUAAUGACCACAAACUGAUGUAAAAUGACUACAAACUGAUGAAAAACGACCACUGAUGCAUAAUGACCACAAACUGAUGCAAAAUGACUACAAACUGAUGAAAAACGACCACUGAUGCAAAAUGACUACAAACUGAUGAAAAACGACCACUGAUGCAAAAUGACCACAAACUGAUGAAAAACGACCACUGAUGCAAAAUGACUACAAACUAAUGUAAAAUGACCACAAACUGAUGAAAAACGACCACUGAUGCAUAAUGACCACAAACUGAUGUAAAAUGACUACAAACUAAUGUAAAAUGACCACAAACUGAUGAAAAACGACCACUGAUGCAAAAUGACUACAAACUAAUGUAAAAUGACCACAAACUGAUGAAAAACGACCACUGAUGCAUAAUGACCACAAACUGAUGCAAAACGACUACAAACUAAUACAUAAUGACUACAAACUGAUGCAAAAUGACUACAAACUAAUACAUAAUGACCACAAACUGAUGUAAAAUGACUACAAAAAGAUGCAAAAUGACUGCAAACUGAUGCGAAACAACUACAAAAACAUGCAAAACAACUACAAAUAGAUGCAACGCGACUACAAACUGAUGCAAAAUGACUGCAAACUGAUGCAAAACGACCACAAACUGAUGUAAAAUAACUACAAAGAGAAUUAAAACAUCACAGAGACUCAAAACGACCACAAAGGUCCUUGAAUUAAAGUUUAUUAAGUGAAAGUCUAUUAAAUCACAUCCGAAUGUCCAGAUAAAAGACAUUUUAAAUGAGGGUACAUGGGGCCGCUGUCCAUUAUAAGUUGAAAAAAUAAGGAGAUGUCUCUGCUACACCUUCAGAUUGCCUUAUUUACUUUGGUCUUGAAGGUGGCGAGAGACGUGUUUCAUAUAUGAAAACUUUCAUUUUACUCCCCAUCAGUAACCUUAGUGAACGGCUUCCUGUAUUUAAAGAGAGAAUUUUCUCUAUUCAGGUUUUAAAGGAUAAGCCGGAUGUGUAUUUUUUUUUUUUACUGUUAACAAAUCUCAUCCAAAACUAAAAC